GCGGGCCGCCGCUCCUCCUGGCCGCGCGCCGCCGCACGCCUCCCUGCGCGCCCCGGUCCUCCCCGCGCCUCCGCCGAACAACGGCCCGGGCCGAAUCGGGCGGGGUCAACGCCGGCGACGCCCGGAUUGGCGGCGAGACGUCGCCUCUGCUUCGACCGCGGUGCCAUGGAUGGGGAGUAGGGAGAAGGUUUUACUGUGUCCGUGGGAGCUGGCGGCGGUGGGGUCGGAUGCAGUGCCGACGGCGGUGAGCGGCAUGCCCGAGGGUGGGAAACCGCGUGCGAGCGCACGCGCCAGCAACGGCGGCAACGACGGGUGCGUGGACUGCCGGCGGCCCCUCCUCUUUCUGCCUGCCUACGCCAGAUCCGGCGGCUGGGAGAGCACGCAUGGUUGGCGCACACAGCUGCUGCGGUGGUACGACGUGCACUGGCGCGACCUCCCGUGGUGACGCGCCAGCGGCGGCGAGAUGUUGGAGGUGAUGCUACAGCAGAUGCGGGUGCCCGUCGUGUGUCAUCGUCGGCUACUACGACCGGUGGAUGGCGCGGUGGCCCACCGUGCGGAUCCUCGCCGCCGCCACGCAGGAGGAGAUGAACGAGAUGUGGGCGGGGCUCGGCUACUACUGGAGGGCUCGAUUUCUUCUGGAGGGGGGAGAACUUGGAAAAAAUCUUACUAUCCAAUUACGCUUUGGACCAUAGAGAAAUCUUUGCACGAAAAUGCUCCUCUAACCUAUCUGAAAUUUGUCCAGUCCACAUUCCGCAACGUAGUUUCAGAUGAGUUUCUUUUUCAAAAGAAGGGGUCCCAGAUGAAUUCCCAUUUGACAAACUGUUGGUUAUAUGCUGCCGUCUUUGUUCAGCAUCGCCAUUUGGCUUCACUUCUGUCAGUAGCAUGUCUAUAAGCUGAUCACACCAUUCUCUCGUUUCAACUAUGUAGAAGAACAUUCUUGUAUUAUCGGGCAAUUACGGCAACGAUUGUUGUUGUGCAUAGUUUUGAUUUGUUCACAAAGACUUUGCUUCGGUUGCAUUAUUCUUUGUGCAAGCUAGGGGAUAAACUGCUCGUUGAUAAGAGUAGCAUUCCUGUCUAAUGGAACUGUGCUCAAAGGAGCAGCAUGGUAGCAGCGAAAGCUGCUUGUGUACAUUAUGUCCAGACUCUAGCAUGUAAUUCCAAGAAGUGAUUUUAGGCAUCAAAAGAAAAA